AUGCAGACCAUCAAGUGUGUGGUCGUCGGUGACGGUGCCGUCGGUAAGACGUGUCUCCUGAUCUCGUAUACAACCAAUGCCUUCCCAGGCGAAUACAUCCCCACAGUGUUCGACAACUACUCCGCGAACGUGAUGGUGGAUGGCAAGCCCGUGUCUCUCGGACUGUGGGACACGGCGGGUCAAGAAGACUACGAUCGUCUUCGACCGCUCUCGUACCCACAAACGGAUGUCUUUCUGAUCUGCUUCUCGCUCGUCUCGCCACCUUCGUUCGAGAACGUCCGCACCAAGUGGUGGCCCGAGAUCUCGCACCAUGCACCCAACAUCCCCACCAUCCUCGUCGGCACCAAGCUCGAUCUUCGCGAAGACCCCGAGACGAUUGCCAAGUUGCGCGAUCGACGCAUGCAACCCAUCACGUAUGCCCAGGGCAACCAGAUGGCCAGGGACAUUCGUGCGAAUAAGUAUUUGGAGUGCUCGGCGCUUACGCAGAAGGGUCUGAAGGGCGUUUUUGAUGAGGCGAUUAGGAGCGUUCUUGCGCCUACCCCGAUCAAGUCGAAGAAGAAGAACAACUGUGCUAUUCUCUGA